AUGUCUUCUUCCACCAUACGUGACAAAGAAGAGUUGAAGUCUGGAACUGGCGCUCACUUUGCUGCUAUCCUUCGCCCACUAGGUUCUAGUUCUGGCAGUGACACACAUCUCAGCCUCGUCAAGAAAGAGUGCUUAGCCUCUUGGAGCUGGAAAGAUGACAUGAAUCCUACGAUCUAUGUUCCUGGUAGUCCUGCUAUAUGGGGGUCACCAAACUCAAGAUCACCACCUCAGAACAUCGUCACACGCUCACCUCCCUUCUAUGCUGUCUUCAAAUCGUUACGGGUUCGCCAGGGACUCGACUUCGAUUUCUCGUCAUUAUCAAUCGUAUCCAAUCGCAACUCCAUGACCAAGAUUCUGCACUACGCCUUAGGCUAUGGACGCGAUACGUGGAGAAUUGAUAUUGAUGUCCUUGGUGAGACGGUAAUGUUCAGUCGUUGGGGCUUGGACAACACCAAGGGUCUCAGAGACUGGAGCAGUGGGAAGGAAGUUGAGAAAGGCUGCACGUAUCUACCGCAUGGAGUGAACACCACUUCUCAUCAUCGUCUACACCACUACUCUAUUGGCGAAGUCGAUUUUCAUAUGUAUCAUGAGGCGGACGCAUAUACAGGCGGACCCCCAGCAACGAGAACUGAAGACUUAGUCCUCACCAUAGAGCCAGCACCAUCGAUCUUCAGACCCUUCGAUGCAAGCCUUGGAGUACCAUCUUUCCAGGUCGUCCAAAACUUGGCAAAACAAGACGUUAAAGUCGAAGUACGCGGAUCAAUCGUCAAGGAUGCAAAAGUCAUUGAAAUCAUCCCUCAACUCGACGGCGCAUCCUUGGACCUCGCACACCGCAUGCCCAAGCAAUGGCUCACAAACUGCAAACGUUGCUACGUCGGCAUUCACAACCAUCAUGGUCAAGUUGAGCACGUUGAUAUAUAUCCUAUGCCGCCUCUGUACGAGAGCUGGGAGAAAUUGCAUCAGGAUGAGCUUCGUAUCUUUGUUGAUACGCUCAAGCAGAUCAAGCAGGCGGUUCUUCAUCGGACCGGGAAGAGACCUGGUAGCGGUGGGAAGUUUGCUUUGAUUGGACACUGUUUCGGUGAUGAGGGCGAGAAGAAACAACUUUGGUUGUAUGACAGGAUGGGGGAUGGAGUUCGUUUGCCUGCGGGUGUGGAGGAGAAGUUGAAGAUAGCAGUCCUCUACAGCCGUUGA